AUGGCUCAAGGGGGAAAGAGGGGAAUAAAGGCAACGGCCGCGCGAGAGAAAGACCCCAUUCCCCCGGAGGCGGGGGGAAGCCUGCGGCGCAACCUUCUGCGCACGCGCGGCAACGGCUGGAGGAGGCGGAACCUUUUCAAAAAAGACUACAGAACAAGAUUCUGCCAUGGAGGAGGGAAACAGAUUGAUAUACAACCAGGCCAGAACGUACUGAAAAUCAUACAAGACUGCUUCGAAAGUUAUGGUAGUGAUGUUACAAUAAAUUCUCCGAGUACAACACGUUGCUCAACUCCUGUUGUUAGAAACAAAAAGGGGACUUCAAUACAAAGUGAAAAGCCAAAUGCAGGUUUAACUAACUCUGUGAAAAACACCUGUAGUUCCGCAGACUCCUUAUCUGCAUCACCACUGAAAACAGUCAUCAGCAAAGAUAAUAUAUUAAAAGAUGUCGAAGUGCUAUGCAAAAGUCCUGCCAACUCCUCAGUCUUUGAGGAUGAUCACGAGGCUGUGGGAUCACCUCUUCUUGUGGAGGAAGCAAUAAGUUCUCCUGUCCCUGUAUUACGUUUUGAUGAGCAAAAUACUCCUACUGCAUUUAAGAGCCGUGUGGAAGUUGAAAAUUUGGGAGGACCUCAAACUGGGAAAAAUGAGCAGCUUGUUCUGGUGCAAGGAACAGACCAUACUGCUGUGUCCUCUGUACAGAAAAAGAAGUCUUCUUUCUCUUCAGCGUUCUUAGCAGCUGUAAUGACAGGAACACUUGGAAAAAGGUGUUCAGCCUCAGUAUCACCACCAUCACCUCCUCUUGUGAAAGAUCAAGAUUUAGAAAUAGAAAAUGAAUGUGAAUUUUUAAUUGAUGAAUCAGAUGGUGUGUCUUUUAAUUCUUGGUUUUCAAUACCCCAGAAGAACAAAAAACCAAAAAAAGAUGGCUCUGCAACUCCUACUUUGAAAUCUCAGUCCUCUGAAAGGCAGAAGACAGAAAGUAAGAAAGGCAGGAACAGAAAGGUACAGAUUGAAGCACUUGAUAAACAGCAAACGCAUGAUUUGGAUGUCAGAGUGCAACGUGACUUCAGAAGUGCAUCAGAAUUGGAGACAGUAUCUUCUGACAGGGAAGGAAAUGUCCUUAAAUCUCAAAGACAAAGCAGAACUCAUAUGGAAAAGACUAAAAAGGAAGCACUUAAGCAAGGUUCUCCAAAACAGAGAAAAGACCCGUCCUGGAAACCAGAAGAUGAAGAAAUGUUAUCAUCACUGUCUGGAUUAGACACAAAAGCAUCUGAUGCAGAAGGAUGUAAAAAAAGGGUGAUGGCAACUGAGGAUUCAUCUGUGCCUUCAACUGGAGAUCAACAGGAGCAUACUCUUUGGCCAAAAAAGAAUCUCAAGUCUUCAAACUAUGUGCAGUCCACUUUAAGAACGUCUCAGCAUUUAGUUCACAAGAAACAGAAUGUUAAGCAGAAACUUUCGAAAGAUACUGCACCUAAGAAACUGGCAGAAGGUGCCAGAAAGAAAAUGAAAGCAUUUGGCAAGAAAGGUAGCAAUAAAAAGACUCAAUUGCAAACAGUGGAGAGUUCUGAAAGUGAAACUGUUGAAGAAGGGCUUGAAAGAGAGUCUGUAAAGUUAAAUGAAGCGUUUCCAUCACCAUUGCAUCUGGAACUACAGACUUCUAUGCUUCAGAAUUCGACUAACCCUGAAAAACCUAAAAAUGUUUUGCAUUCGUUGGAAUCACUUGGCAGUACAAAUAACAAAACUCCUGUAAAACCUAAAGAGCUACUGCAGAAUCUCAUAGACACUGUGCAGAAUUCUGAGAAGAGGUCAUCAGCUAAGUCUCCAAGGAAAAUACCUGAAGAGGUUCGUCGCAAAGCCCGUAAAAGUGUAUGCUCAAACUCUGAGGACACUGAGCCUCAAAAUACAACAGAUUCUGAGAGCUCUUCUGUGCAGGACCUGGUAGAAAAAAAACCCAAGCCAUCAGAUGUGAAAACAAAAAGUAACAAAAGAAAACGUAGCAUGCAACAUGGAUCACAAGAUUCCUCUGCAGCUGAGAAAGCUAUGAAUCAUAGAAGUGGGCCUUUACUAGAAGAUGAUGUUAAAUUUACUUCCAGAAGGAAGUCCUUUGCUUGUAAACAGGAUAAUUCAUCUUCAGAUAACUCUGAAGAUUUGAAUUGUCAAAUAAACGAUCUGUUGUCAAACAGUAUAGCAAGGCAUAAAAUAGUAAUGCCCUCCAACACACCUAAUGUUCGUCGGACAAAAAGGAUACGAUUGAAACCUUUGGAAUAUUGGCGAGGGGAGCGCGUGAACUAUACAAUGAUGCCUUCAGGACUUGUGAUCAGUGGAAUAGUGUGUCCUGAAACAGAACCUCGCAGGAAGAUUAAACGGAAGAAGGGUGGUCAUAAGCAGAAAAGGAAUCAGACAAGGAGUGAGAUAGCUGCAAAUUUGGGUCAGACCCUAGCUGAUACUUCUAAGCCAACUGUUGUACUGGACCCAAUUACAAAUAAGGAAGUUCUUCUAGAGUGUAUUAACACUGAAAACAGACAUUCAUGCUUCUUUAAAGAUGAAUCAGUAGAAAUAUAUAAAAAUCUGAAUACUUCUGAUUUUGCAACUGGUAAAUUGGUCUUGAAACCAUUUAAAGAAAAGGGACACCAGUUUGUUCACAUGGAUACAAUAGCUUUCCAUGUUAUCCACGGCAAAAUUGUUCUUACCUUGCAUAAGACGUCAUACUAUCUGACUACAGGGGACUUUUUCUAUGUUCCAGCAGGGAAUGGAUAUAACAUACGUAAUAUUCUGAAUGAAGCAAGCAUUCUUCUUUUCACACAACUGAAAAGAGAUAGACCAAAAGCAAGAGAGGAAAUGUUGGAGACCUCUUCCCCAUAACUUCACCUGCAAAUUGAAGAUCAUCUAUUAUGAGGAAGUUCUAAAGAAUACUGUAACUACUAUCGAAGUGGAAAUAUACUCAGUACUGGGAGUACA